AUGCCCCCGGCCGCAGACCCCGACACACCGCCAACGACCAAGGCCCCGCCUAGCGACCCCAAGUACAGCCGCCGAACGGCCCCGGCCCCCGGCGCAGACCCCCGACAGACCGCCGAACGACCCAUGCCCCGCCGCAGACCCCAAACCGACAACACCAGACCGCUCAAGACCCACAGACCCGGAACUCCCGCGAACUCCCCCGGAAAAGGACCCCCAACAAACCUCCUAACGACCGCAUUCCCCCUCCUCAGACCCCUACAGACCGAAAACGGUCAAUCCCCCCCAAUCAACCCCCUGCCCCCGGCGCAGACCCCCGACAGACCGCCGGAACGACCCAGGCCCCCGGCCGCAGACCCCGACAGACCGCCGAAAGACCCAGGCCCCCCGGCCGAGCAGACCCCGGACAGACCGCCCAAGACCCAGGCCCCCGGGCCGCAGACCCCCGACAGAAACCCCCCGAAACGACCCAGGCCCCCGGCGGCAGACCCCCGACAGACGCCGAACGGGCCAGGCCCCGGCGCAGACCCCGACAGACCGCCGAACGACCAGGCCCCCGGCGCGCAGACCCCGGACGACCAGAACCGCAGAACGCCCAGGCCCCCGGCGCAGACCCCGACAGACCGCCAACGACCCAUGCCCCCGGCCGCAGACCCCGACAGACCGGCGAACGACCCAGGCCCCGGCGCAGACCCCGACGAGACCGCCCGAAGAAAACCCCCGGCCCCCGCCGCAGACCCCGCGACAGACAGCGAACGACCCAGGCCCCGGCGCACGAAGACCCAAGACACCCCGCCGCAGACCCCCAGACCGCCGAACGACCCAGGCCCCCGGCCGCAGACCCGAGACCCCGAACAACGCCCAGCCGAACCCCAGGGCGACCCCAAAGACCAGGCCCGGCCGCAGACCCCGACAGACCGCCGAACGACCCAGGCCCCCGGCCGCAGACCCCGGACAGACCGCCGAACGACCAGGCCCCGGCCGCAGACCCCCGACACACCGCCGAACGACCCAGGCCCCCGGCCGCAUACCCCGACAGACCGCCGAACGCCACCCCAGCGCGCCCCGAAGACCGCGAGAACGACCAGCCCCGGCGAGACCCGACAGACCGCCGAACGACCCAGGCCCCGGCCGCAGACCCCGACAGACCCCCCGAAAGACCCAGGCCCCGGCCGCAGACCCCCGACAGACCGCCGAACGGACCCAGGCCCGGCCGCAGACCCCCGACAGACCGCCGAAACGAACCAGGCCCCCGGCGCAGACCCCCGAAGGACCGCCAACGACCCACCCCUCCCGACCCCCACAGACGCAACACCCGCCCCGCCGCAGACCCCCGACAGACCGCCGAACGACCCGAGCCCCCGGCCGCAGACCCCGAAGACCGCCAACGACCCAGGCCCCGGCCGAGACCCCCGACAGACCGCCAAGACCCAGGCCCCCGGCCGCAGACCCACCCCAAGACCGGCCCCGCCCAACGACAGCCGCCCGCCAGAGCCCCCGGACAGACCCCCGAAGACUGACCCAGGCCCCGGCGCAGACCCCCGAAAACGCCAAGACCCCGGGCCCCGGGCCCCAGGGGCCCCCGACAGACCCCAAGCCCAGGCCCCGGCCCCCAGACCCCACAGACCGCAACGACCAGGCCCCCGGGCCCCAGCCCCGACAGACCCCCCAACGACCCACCCCCCGGCGCAGACCCCCCGACCGCCCCAACGACCCAGGCCCCCGCCGAACCCCCGCCGCCCCCCGAACGACCCCGGCCCCGGCCCAGCCCCGACAGACCCGAACGGGCCAGGCCCCGCCCGCAGACCCCGCGACAACCCGCCGAACGGGCCCAGGCCCCCGGCCGCAGACCCCCGGAAGACCCGAACGACCCAGGCCCCGGCCGCAGCCCCCGACAGACCGCCGAAAGACCCAGGCCCCGGGGCAGACCCCACCCAACCCCCGAACGGGGCCGGGCCGCCGGCGCCGCAGACCCCCGACAGCCACCGAACGACCCAGGCACCCGGCCGCAGAUCCCCCCGACAGACCCCGAACGAACCAGGUCCCCCGGCCGCAGACCCCGACAGACCGCCGAACGACCAGGCCCCGGCCGCAGACCCCACAGACCGCCGAACGGCCAGUCCCCCGCCGCAGACCCCAGGGGAGACCCCGAACGACCCAGGCCCCGGCCGCAGACCCCAGACAGACCGCCGAACGACCCAGCCCCCGCCGCAGACCCCGACAGACCGCCGAAACGGGCCAGGCCCCGGCCGGACCCCGACAGACCCCCGAACGACCCAGGCCCCCGGCCGCAGACCCCGACACACCGCCGAACGACCCAGGCCCCGGCGCAGACCCCCACAACCGCCGAACACCAUUCCCCUUCCUCAACCCCUACAUACCCCCUAA